UUGCGCUCCAGUCAACGGCGGCGGCCGCCAGCAGCAACAGCAGCCAGUGGUCGUCAGUGCACGACAGCUCCGGGUACCCCUACGAAACCCACUCUUUCUCUCUGUCUCGCACGCGCGUCUACACACUGGUCGUAUCGACGAUACACAUACCCGCGGCACACACGAUCGCAUCCUCGCGUCACUUACCGUCCAUCACUUGCCCUCCCGUCGGCCGAAUCCGCGUGGGAACUCGACGGACCGGCUCGCGCGUCCGAGCGUGUUCCUCUUUCUCUCGCACAGUGCCCUCCCGACUCGCGGCGUUUUAACGUGACACGUUACAUCGGGGUCCUCUACUAGCCAGCAUGUCGGCGCAAGUGCAGGGCACCCUCCUUGACGUGCUCAAGAAGAAGAUGCGGCAGACGAAGGAGGAGAUGGAAAAGUACAAGGACGAGUGCGAGGAGUACCAGAGGCGGCUGCAGGUGGAAGUGAUGCGCCGCGAGGAAGCCGAAUCUGAAGUCGCCGCUUUGAAUCGUCGUAUUCAACUGUUGGAGGAGGACCUUGAGAGAUCCGAGGAGCGUCUUGCCACUGCCACUGCCAAACUGGCGGAGGCAUCGCAAGCUGCCGAUGAGAGUGAACGGAUACGCAAGGCCCUUGAAAACCGUACUAACAUGGAGGACGACCGAGUAUCCUUGUUGGAGCAGCAGCUAGCACAGGCUAAACUGAUCGCAGAAGAGGCGGAUAAGAAAUACGAGGAGGUCGCCAGGAAACUAGUCUUGAUGGAACAGGAUCUCGAGCGCGCCGAAGAGAAGGCCGAACUUUCCGAAUCAAAGAUCGUCGAACUUGAAGAAGAAUUGCGUGUCGUUGGCAAUAACUUGAAGUCUCUCGAGGUCUCCGAGGAAAAGGCGACGCAACGAGAGGAGACGUUCGAGGGCCAAGUGAAGAUUCUUGAUAGUCAAUUGAAAGAGGCUGAGGCACGCGCUGAGUUUGCAGAGAGAUCCGUGCAGAAACUCCAGAAGGAAGUUGACAGGCUCGAAGACGACCUUGCGGCCGAGAGAGAGAAAAACAAAUUGCUACAGGAGGAAAUGGAGGCCACCCUGCAUGACAUCCAGAACAUGUAGAUUGUAUUUUUCGCAGUGGACGAAAAUGCAUAAACGCGGAAACGUUUAGAAAGCGAGAGAACAUCCGAGAGAGAAAAAGAAAGAGAGAGAGAGAGAGAGAGAUUGAGAAAAAAGAAAUCGAAAGAAAAUAAAUGCAAGCAGGUAACAAAACGGCGGCAACGAGAAGUGAACGAGAAACAAAUACGCUGUUACGUAGCGAGAGCUUCGUAUAUGGUGCACAUCUUACCUAACAUUAACGAAUAAAAAUGCAGUCUUUAGGCUAGCUUUAUACCCUCCAUUACGUCCAUCCGCAGUGCGUAUACGUACUAUACAUGCUUGUAUGCGUUCGAGCGUGUGUAUCGUGUGCGUGUUGCGUGUCUAUUUGUAUGCGUGUGACGUAAGUUACUGAUGUAGGUUGAGAGGAAGAGAAUAGAAAAUGUGUGCAUGUGUAUAUGUAUGAGAGGAAGAGUAAGGAAGAUACAGAAUGAAAGGAUCAAUAUGAUAGAGAGAGAAUGUAAAAGAUAGAAAGAACGAGGAAGAAUAAAUAAUACGCGACAAAGACAGACGAGAGGAUAGUUCCAUACAUAAUAUGAAGUUACUUGUAAUUGAAAUCUAAUUUUUUUAGCUUUAGAUUUUAGCUUAGUCUAUCUUUAAAUUUUAAUUUAAAAAAAAUGAGGGCAUGACUGCGACCAGUUUGAGACGUCUUCGAACACGCUGCGAUUUAAAUUCGUUAUGAAAACGAUUACUGGCCGUGGGAGGAAUACGUGAAUAGGUAUUAGAAAGACGAAAAAUAUGAGAAAUGAAGACAAGACG